UGUUAACAAACCCUAAUUCUUGUGCGUGCAAUUUUCCGUUCCUUCAUUCUCACGCCGCAGUCGCUGCACACACACACCGGAGCCAAACCGAAACCAUGGGACGAGUACGCACAAAGACAGUGAAGAAAUCCUCUCGUCAAGUUAUCGAGAGGUAUUACUCUCGUAUGACACUCGAUUUCCACACCAACAAGAAGAUUUUGGAAGAGGUUGCUCUCAUUCCAUCCAAGAGGCUUCGUAACAAGAUCGCCGGAUUCUCCACUCAUCUCAUGAAGCGGAUCCAGAAAGGACCUGUUCGUGGAAUCUCAUUGAAGCUUCAAGAGGAGGAGCGUGAGCGUCGUAUGGAUUUCGUUCCCGAAGUCUCUGCCAUUAGGACCGACCAGAUCGAAGUCGACAAGGAAACCUUGGACAUGCUUGCCGCUCUCGGAAUGUCUGAAAUUCCCGGCGUCGUUCAGGUUGAUCCCGUCCCUGUUCAGCAGAUCCCCUUCGGUCGCGGUGCCGGUGGUGCUGGCAGGAGGUUUUAAGUUUUUGCUUUGUCUCCUUAUUUUUGUCAUGCCAAGACUUUUAGUUUUGAUUUACUUUUGAAAUACAUUCAGUUACUGUUAAACUUGUUUAAGUUAUUGCUAUGGAAUUUAUCCUUUUUGUUGCUUGAUUUAUUUAGUUAGUAUCAAAUCGUUUGAUUAA